CAAAAUUUGGUCCAAAAGAUUAGAUAAAAUCGGUUUCGCGUGAUUAAAAACACAGUUAUUUGUUUCGAGAGCUGAAAAAUGUCGCUCACGAUGAAACUCCUCGCCUUGCUUUUCCUCGCCUCUUCAACUCUAGCAGCCUUGAACGAGCCGUGCGCGCAAAGUGAUCCGGACCCGUGUGCUGCUUCAGAUCCAAACAGCGAAUGCGCUCCACUCGAAACGGACCCAACCCAAUUCGUCUGCCAAUGUUUGCCCAGAUUUGCAGCCAACAGCGAAGACCCGGCGGUGGCACAAUGUGUCGCAGCUUUGAACCUUGCGAAUGCUUGCGCUGCCCCUGAUUUCGGCUCGGCGUGCAAUUCGAUCCCGUACGCCCUGUGCCAAAAUUCACCUCUUACCUGCAGUUGCAUCGCCGAAUACACACCGUCUACUGAUUCAACCGCGUGCCAGGUCAGCACCUUCAACGACAGGUGCGUCGAGGACGCGCAGUGCGUCGGACUUAACGCUGACGCAAAAUGCCAAUCGGAGCGAUGCGUCUGCCCAACCAAUUUGGUUCAAGGAUCGACAGGAUGUGUUGAUGAGGUCAAGCUGGGCGAAGGAUGCGAGGUGGACGGACAGUGCCCUGAAAACUCGUUUUGCGAUUCUGCAGUUUGCAAUUGCAAGAAUUACUACGUGAAAGUGUCCGAAAAUGCAGAAGACAAAUGUUUGCCAAAGGCGUAUCAGGUGGGAGAUGCUUGUGAAAAUAUCGACCAGUGCCAAAACUUGAGGGUUGAAGGCGUUGAGUGCACAAGUAAUCAGUGUCUUUGCAAAGAAGGUUACGUCGAGUCAAACGACAAGACAUUGUGCUUGAAGAGUGGAGCACAAGCUGGAGAUUCGUGCGCCCAAGACCAGCAAUGUCCGGAGGGACUUACUUGUGAUGCUCUUGCUUGCGCAGAGCCAACGAAAUAAUAUUUUACUUUUUGUAACGAGAUCAAUUUGAGAAUAAUAAUCAUGAUUAAUUUAAUUAAA